AUGAGCUGCUCGUCGCUGCUGCUGCUGCUGCUCCGGCUGCUCCUCGCCCUCGGGGCUGCCUGGGGAAUGCACCCCGGGCAGAGCGAGACGGUGCCGGGCACUCUGGGGAAGGCAACGAUCCUGAGGGUCCCCCCCAGGCUCCGGGAGCUCACCACGGAAUUCAGGGAAUCCUCCUGGAAGCGCUGGGGGUCGUUCCCGAAGAAGCAAGUCCUGGUCAAGUACUCGGGGGGCAACUGCACCAACCACUUCCAGGGGCAAAUCCGCUUCCACGGGUCGGACUUUUCCCUGGAAAUCCUCAACACCAGCCGGGGGGACGGGCAGCUCUACGAGUACGUCGUGAGCAAAGGGCCCGAGGAGGAGGUGCAGCAGAUCCAGCUGAGGGUCUACGGUGAGAGGGGUUUCACCCCCUCCCUGCUGUGUUUGCCAUCCCCAGCUCCCGAAGGGAAGCGCUCCUCGGGGCUCACGGCCGUCUGGGUGGCUCGGAACCGCUUCGCCGUCCUCGAUCGGAUGCACUCGAUCCUCAUCAAAAACCUGAAGAACGAGAUCACAAAGAAGGUGCAGGUGCCCAACUGUGAUGAGAUUUUCUACGCUGGCACCGGGAACCUUCUGCUGCGAGACACCGACUCCAUCACCCUCUUCGACGUGCAGCAGAAACGGACUCUGGCCUCGGUGAAGAUCUCCAAGGUGAAGUACGUGAUCUGGUCGGCCGACAUGUCCCACGUGGCCCUGCUGGCCAAGCACGCCAUCAUGAUCUGCAACAGGAAGCUGGAAUCCCUCUGUAACAUCCACGAGAACAUCCGUGUCAAGAGCGGGGCCUGGGACGAGAGCGGGGUCUUCAUCUACACCACCAGCAACCACAUCAAAUACGCCGUGACCACGGGGGACCACGGGAUCAUCCGCACCCUGGACCUGCCCAUCUACGUGACGCGGGUGAAGGGGAACAACGUGUACUGCCUGGACAGGGAGUGCCGGCCCCGCGUCCUCACCAUCGACCCCACCGAGUUCAAGUUCAAGCUGGCACUGAUCAACAGGAAGUACGAUGAGGUGCUGCACAUGGUGAGGAAUGCCAAGCUGGUGGGCCAGUCCAUCAUUGCCUACCUGCAGAAGAAGGGCUACCCAGAGGUGGCCCUGCACUUUGUCAAGGACGAGAAGACCCGUUUCAGCCUGGCCCUGGAGUGUGGCAACAUCGAGAUUGCUCUGGAAGCAGCCAAAGCUCUGGAUGACAAGAACUGCUGGGAGAAGCUGGGAGAGGUGGCCUUGCUGCAGGGGAACCACCAGAUCGUGGAGAUGUGCUACCAGCGCACCAAGAACUUCGACAGGCUCUCCUUCCUCUACCUCAUCACGGGCAACCUGGAGAAGCUGAGGAAGAUGAUGAAGAUUGCCGAGAUCCGUAAGGACAUGAGUGGGCACUACCAGAACGCCUUGUACCUGGGGGACGUGGCAGAGAGAGUGAGGAUCCUGAAGAACUGUGGGCAAAAGUCCCUGGCCUAUCUCACAGCUGCCACUCAUGGUCUGGAUGAGGAAGCUGAAAGCCUGAAGGAAACCUUUGAUCCUGAAAAGGAGACGAUCCCGGACAUCGAUCCCAACGCGAAGCUGCUGCAGCCUCCUGCUCCUGUCAUGCCUUUGGACACCAACUGGCCACUGCUGACUGUCUCCAAGGGCUUCUUUGAGGGAACAAUUGCUAGCAAAGGCAAAGGAGGUGCUUUGGCCGCCGACAUCGACAUCGACACCGUGGGCACCGAGGGCUGGGGAGAGGAUGCAGAGCUGCAGCUGGAUGAAGAUGGUUUUGUGGAUGCUGGAGAGGGCUUUGGAGAGGAAGGUCUGGGGAAAGGGCAGGAAGAAGGAGGUGGAUGGGAAGUGGAAGAAGAUUUGGAUCUUCCCCCUGAACUGGAUGUUCCCACUGGUCCAGCAGGAGCAGCAGAGGAUGGAUUCUUUGUGCCUCCCACCAAGGGCACCAGCCCAGCUCAGGUGUGGUGCAACAAUUCCCAGCUCCCUGUUGACCACAUCCUGGCAGGCUCCUUUGAGACAGCAAUGAGACUGCUCCAUGACCAGGUGGGAGUGACCAACUUUGGGCCCUACAAGCAGCUGUUCCUGCAGACCUUUGCCCGGGGCCGGACGACCUACCAGGCGCUGCCGAGCCUGCCGGCCAUGUACGGGUUCCCACAUCGCAACUGGAAAGAAGCCGGCCUGAAAAACGCCCUCCCCGCCGUGGGGCUGAAGCUCAACGACCUGAUCCAGCGGCUGCAGCUCUGCUACCAGCUCACCACCGCCGGCAAGUUCGAGGAGGCCGUGGAGAAGUUCCGCUCCAUCCUGCUCAGCGUCCCCUUGCUGGUGGUGGACAACAAGCAGGAGAUCGCCGAGGCCCAGCAGCUCAUCGCCAUUUGCCGGGAAUACAUCGUGGGGCUCUCCAUGGAGAUCGAGCGGAAGAAGCUGCCCAAGGAGACCCUGGAGCAGCAGAAGAGGAUUUGUGAGAUGGCCGCCUACUUCACCCACUCCAACCUGCAGCCCGUGCACAUGAUCCUGGUGCUCCGAACCGCCCUCAACCUCUUCUUCAAGCUCAAGAACUUCAAGACCGCGGCGACUUUCGCCCGGAGGCUGCUGGAGCUGGGCCCCAAGCCCGAGGUGGCCCAGCAGACGCGCAAGAUCCUGUCGGCGUGUGAGAAGAACCCCACGGACACCCACCAGCUCAACUAUGACAUGCACAACCCCUUCGACAUCUGUGCCGCCUCCUACAGACCCAUCUACCGCGGGAAACCCGUGGAGAAGUGUCCCCUCAGCGGGGCCUGCUACUGCCCCGAGUUCCGCGGGCAGAUCUGCCGCGUCACCACGGUGACGGAGAUCGGCAAGGACGUCAUCGGGCUGCGCAUCAGCCCUCUGCAGUUCCGCUAGGAAUUCCUGCCUGGGAGGGCAGAUUCCACUCCCCCAUCCCCACCCGUAGCCUCAUCUCUCCCCCGUAGCCUUGCCUGUGCUGUCCCACUUGAUCCCUUCCCCCAGGAAUGCUGUAGUGAGACUCUGCUUCCAAGUAGUAGCAGUUUUUCCUUGUUUCCAGACCGGCUGAUGUGACAUUUUUCUGGACCGUUGUCCUGUGGCAAAUCUUUUCCAGAGGGGAAAGGGCGGCUCUGCCGAGCCCUGGUUACCACAGAGCACGUUGGAAACUGCUCCAGAGGCAGCAGCUGCCUCUGACACCCUUUAGGUCCUGAAAGAAUUGCUUGGAAGAGCCAGGAAAGGCUCUGGGAACGUGGCGCUGUCGGGAACCGGGACGGUGCAAAGCCCAUCCCAACUCCAGGGCAGUUCUCCCCCCUUGGAAGUGGCACUGGCUCAACGUUUGUGGUCGUGGUGACUCUUUGUUUUGUUGCCCUGGUAACAUUCCUCAAACUAAUCAGCUUCACUCAUGAAUAAAGUAAUUAAACCACCUUGA